CCUUCGAGCUCGUCGGGCUGCGGAGAGUACCUCACACCCUUCUCCACAACUGUAUUCACUCGUCUCGGCCACCCCCUGAGACAAGCGGCCCCAAAUUUGAGUGUCCCGGCCGUCGCCAGCGCGACCGCGGUUCCACCACACUCACCCGUGGACGCCAUUUUCUCUCCUUCCUUCUCGUUCUCUCAACGUCCGUCUCCCUCUCGCUUUCCCUCUAGGCGCCGCACUGCGCAGGCGCGAAACCCGCAACCUCGGGCGCUACCAUCGGGCUAGGCCACAGGGGUGAGAGAAAAAGGAAUGAACCACAGCUUUCUCGUCCUUCUCGCCCACAACUCUUGUCCUAAUGUUCUCUAAAGGGCGCUGGACGUGACGUGCAGGCCAAACUAGCACCGAAGCGUCCAGAGCUGCGGAAGGGGAAACUGUGGCCCAAGAAAUUUGUGUACUUUUCCAAAGUCACAAAAGCUGAGCCGACCCACCCCCUGGGACCCCCACGCUAUUGCUUGGAAGAAUCUUUCCCGCCCUUGUCUUCUCAUUCUGUCCUUCGCACUUCCUAGUAAGGUGCUCAGGCCCGAGGAAGGGCAGGGCUCACCCAAAUCUUUCAGCCGUACCUGGAGCCAAGCCAGUGUCUCUCUUUCAAUGAACACAUAUGGGAAACUUGGGGCACACAGCCCCUUGACACCUUCAGCUGCGCUAUGCAGGCCAGAGGCCCUGCUGGCCUACCGUCCCCGGCGUUGCCUCUUGCCUCCUCUGUCCUGAUGCUGCUGCUGAGCAGCUUGUGGCUGGUGGGGGCUGGCCCCAGCCUUGCCCUGGCCCCGGAGCUGCUGCUGGACCCUUGGCAGGCGCACCGCCUGCUGACCCACGUCCUGGGCCACACGGCCCUACCUGGCCUCCUCCUGAGCCUGCUGCUCCUGCCCACACUGGGCUGGUGGCAGGAGUGCCACCUGGGCACGCUGCGGUUCCUUCAUGCCUCUGCCCUGCUCGCCCUGGCUGCCGGGCUAAUGGGUGUGCUGCUGGCGGGCCUCGGGGUGCCCAAUGCAGCUGGUGGCUGUGGCUACAUGCCUGUCCACCUGGCCAUGCUGGCGGGGCAGGGUUACCACCCUAGACAGCCCCAGGGGGUACUGCCACCGAGGCUGCUGCCGUGGCUGCUGCUUGCCUUGACACCAGUGCUCAGCUCCGAGCCACCCUUCCUGCAGCUGUUGUGCGGCCUCCUUGCUGGCCUGGCCUAUGCAGCCGGGGCCUUCCGGUGGCUGGAGCCCUCUGAGCAGCGGCUGCGAGCACUGCAGGAGGGUGGCUUGUGCCGGACCCUGGCAGGGUGCUGGCCGGUCAGACUCCUUCCCACCCCAGGCGGCCUGGCUGAGCUGCCGGUCACCCAUCCUGCUGGAGUGAGGCCUUCCCGCAGCGAAGGCUCAGCCCACCUUCAGCCAGGCCUAGGGCCUGUGCAGCUGACCUGGGAGGGCUCCACAGAGGUGGACCUGGCCUGGACCGGGCCUGUCUUCUCCGCAGGGGCCCCACUGUGGGCAGCCCUGGAUGAGCAGAUGCUGCAGGAGGGGAUCCAGGCCUCCCUCCUUGAGGGGCCAGCCCAGCGUCCUGAGGGUCCGCUAUGGCUGCCUAAGUCCUCUGUCUCCUCUCUGCGGCUGCAGCAGCUGAAGCGCAUGGGCUUCCCCACAGAGCAGGCCGUGGUGGCACUGGCAGCCACAGGCCGAGUGGAGGGUGCUGUGUCCCUGCUGGUUGAGGGGGAGGUGGGCACUGAAGUCUUAGUGGCUCAGGGGAGGGGCGGGCCCGCCCACCCCGAGGGCCCUGGUCCUCCCUAGCACAGCACGCCCUCGAGUGGCAAGGAGCUUGGCCUAUGGUUGGGGAGUCGGAGCCCCAGCCCUGUCUGCUGAGAGUCACAGUGUGCAGGAGAGGCCCCUCCGGCACCCCACCCUGGCACUACUCAGAAUAAAAACAGUUCAUUUUUCAACCUGGA